AUGGUAAUGCAAAUGGAAACGAGGGAAGGCGUGGGACUGCUUCUGUUGUCGUUGCUCCUGCUGGACCUGGGACAUGGAGCCACUCUCGGCCAUCACUUCCUCUUGCACUUCUUCCAGCACCACCACCACCAGCACAACCACCACCAGCACAACCACUACCACAACCACUACCGCUACUACAAUUUCAUCCAGGUCCCAGCGGUCAUGCCUAUCAGUGUUUCCACAACCCCAGCGGUCAAGCCUUCCACAGCACCAAGCUCGCCAACACCGAACGUUGACAAAAAGAGCUGGCAACAAAAGCUUAGUGACCACUGCGAGGCCACAAACCUCCCGAAGCCAGUCUUCGGGCUCAUGUCUGAUCGUCGUGCACGAUACUGGUACAAUGGUCAUUACAACGCCUACGAGGACGCUGCCGAAUUGAUGCUCAACAUUUUCGAGAAGCGAUCAAACGGCGAACAGCAGUCCCCAACUUCCCCGCAGACUUCCCCGCAGACCGCCCGUCCAUAUUUCGGCAGCGACGAGUUCUCCAACUACACGACUACUGCUGGAAGCAGCUCGGAAGCAGCUGUAAGAGCGGGCGGAGGAGUAGGAGUAGGAGUAGGAGUAGGAAGCAUCGGUGGGAACGGUAGCUACACCUACGGCUCGAUCGGGGAUGCCGUUGUUGGGCAGGGACUCGGCGGAGGACUGCGCCAUACACACUCGCAUUCGUUGGCGCAUGGUUCGCAAGCUCGGGGUGCAGCAUCGUUCGUCAGCAACUACGGGGGCUAA